GCGUAAGUUUGUGUUUGCGAUGCCUCCUAAGACGAGUGGUAAAGCUGCUAAAAAAGCAGGAAAAGCCCAGAAGAACAUUUCAAAAACCGAUAAGAAAAAGAAGCGAAAGAGGAAGGAAAGCUAUGCUAUUUACAUUUAUAAAGUACUCAAACAAGUGCAUCCUGAUACCGGUAUUUCCAGUAAGGCUAUGAGUAUCAUGAACAGUUUUGUAAAUGAUAUUUUUGAAAGAAUCGCAGCUGAAGCUUCUCGUUUAGCUCAUUAUAAUAAACGUUCUACAAUUACAAGCAGAGAAAUUCAAACCGCCGUACGUUUAUUACUUCCUGGAGAAUUAGCUAAACACGCUGUCAGUGAAGGUACCCUAUAUUUUCAAAUGGUUGUUGAAGCUGUCCUUAUGGAGCUAGAAUGCUGGGACAGGUGUCAUUUUGCAGGGAUUUUUAAAACACUUUACAGUGAUAUAAUAUUAUACAACAUGAUGUUAUGA